AUGACCAAGCCUCCAGGCCAUGAUAAACCCCCAGAGAACCUUAAAGCGGCGUUGACAGAAUUCAUCGAGAUUCUUGGACAAGAUAAUGUCAUGACUGACCACGAAAUCAUGAAGUCAUAUGCCGGAUCGGAUUGGUCAUCAUAUGUCCAGAAAGAGAACGAGGUACACGCCAUUGUGUUGACUCCAGGCUCGACCGAGGACGUGUCCCGUAUUAUGAAAGUAUGCCACAAGCGAGUGAUGCCGGUGACCGCAUAUGCGGGAGGCACGAGCCUGGAAGGACAUUUUGCUGCCACCAAAGGCGGAGUAUCGAUCGAUUUUCAACGGAUGAAUCAAAUAGUCGCCCUCCACAAAGACGAUUUAGAUGUCGUGGUCCAGCCUGGGGUGGAAUGGGAGGCAUUGAACGAAGAACUCGCGCAAACCGGGCUUUUCUUCCCUCCCGAUCCGGCUGCGCGAAUGGGUGCUUUCCUUGGUGGCAGUUCUCGCGGAUGGCACGGUCAUGGAAACGAGGCAGCGACCUCGCAAAUCCAGCGCAGGAUAUGA